UUCUGGAAACCGUCAAUUCAACUAAAAAUUGGGGUUUCCAUUUCUAAAGGAAAAUCUAACGAAGUAACCAAUUUUGUAUUCCUCUUUCCCCCACUUCCAUUUUCACUUUCUUCUUACUUUUUCUUUUUGUUUAUUUAAACCCCAAAUCCAAUUUCCCUCAUUCAUCCUCUUUCUUCUCUAAUUUCAAUGGAUCAGAUUGCUCUGUCUCAGCUUGCCACCGGCCUGAGUGUGCUGGCCGGCGCCGUGGUCGUGAAAUCAGUAAUCGAACAGAAGCUACCGAUGGCUGGGUCGAUGCCGAGGUGUCCGACUUGUAAAGGGUCGGGUCGGGUCACGUGUAUAUGCGUCCGGUGGUCAGAUGGAGAUGUUGGGUGCCGUUCGUGUUCAGGGUCAGGUCGGAUGUCGUGUAGAAGUUGCGGUGGCGGUGGGAGAGGACGACCGAUCACCGUACAAUUAUCGAUGAGCCAAUCCAACCGCUGAUUUUGAACGUUCUUUUUCUUUCUUAUUUGAAUUUGGAUGCAGUUGAAUUGUGUUUAUGUGGAUCAUUUAAUGUAAAGAAAAGAUACAUUUAUUUGUUUAUAACAAAAAAUGUUGAAGUAAAUUUUUUUGGUUUUAGGGUCUUACUAACAUGUACGAUGCUACAAGUGAAAUUACUAUGAAAUUGUUGAAAAUUCUUAUCAAAUAAGAAACAUUGUUUUAUGAAGAAAGAACAACUUAAAUACAUUAAUUUUAUGGUA